UGUGACUGCUCAGAAUCGUCCAGAAGAAGAAGAUCACGGGGAAAGCGAGCAAACGAGCGCGAGUAUUGUUCUUCUGAGUACUUUACAAGAUGGGAGACAGCGAUGAUGAGUACGACCGCAGGAGAAGAGACAAAUUCAGACGAGAGAGAAGUGAUUAUGACCGUUCAAGAGAAAGAGAGGAUCGACGCAGAGAUGACUGGAACGACCGGGAGUGGGACAGGGGCAGAGACCGCCGCAGUAGAGGAGAGUACCGGGAUUAUGACCGAGGACGAAGGGAGAGGUUCACUCCACCCAGACAUGACAUGAGUCCUCAGCAGAAACGCAUGAGAAGAGACUGGGAUGACCAUGGUGGAGACCCAUACCGUGGUGGAUAUGACCUGGGAUAUGGUGGUGGUGGUGGAGGUCCCAGCUAUGGUCCACCGCAGCACUGGGGUCAUCCUGACCUGCACCUCAUGCAGCCUCAUCAUGGAAUACCAAUUCAAGCCAGGCUUGGCAACAUCCAUGACAUGGAUCUAGGUCCUCCUCCUCCAAUCAUGAAGAGCUUUAAGGAGUUUCUGCUGUCCCUGGACGAUUCUGUGGAUGAGACUGAAGCUGUCAAACGCUACAAUGAGUACAAGAUUGACUUCCGCCGACAACAGAUGCAGGACUUCUUUUUGGCUCAUAAAGAUGAAGAGUGGUUCAGAUCCAAGUACCACCCCGACGAGGCCAGCCGGCUCAAAGCAGAGGCCCAGAGUGCCCUGCACAAUCGCCUGAAUGUCUUUACGUUCCUGAUGGAGAACAGCUGGUUCGAUAAUGUCUCUCUGGACAUUGAACAGACCCCGGCCAUCAUCAAGGUUCUCGAUGCAGCUGUGAUCAAAAUGGAAGGUGGUACGGAUCACGAUCUCCGCAUAUUGGACAUGCCGUCCGAAGAGGAGGAAGAGAAGGAGAAGUCCGCUGCUCUUUCAGGGGUCGGCGAACCUCCCAAGAGGGAAGACCUCAAAGCCUCUGGUGGCGACCGCAAGCCCUCCGUUGAGAAAGACAAAAACGAGAAGGAGGACGGCGACUCGACCAGCACAGAAAAGGCUGCGACCGCAGAGGGCGAAGACGUGAAAGAGGAGGCAGAGAAAGAAGCUGUCAAAGAAGAAAUGCCUGAGCCUAAAAAACCAAGAAGAAAAAGGAAGCGUAGUGGAGACAGUGAUGAUGAAGCCAGCGCCUCAGAGAGCGACUCUGACUCAGAUUCUGACUCCAACUGCUCCGACAAACCUGCGAAAAAGGAAGAGGUGGAAGACAAGGAUGAGGAUGAAGAUGAGGGAGAAGAGGAGAAACCAAAGGAGAACUCUGAGGAGGAGAAGAAAGAAGAAAAGAAACCAAAGGACGAUUCUCCGAGACCACGGCCUCUCCACAGGACUUGCUCUCUGUUCAUGCGGAGUAUUGCUCCCACGAUUUCCAAGGCCGAAAUCAUUGCAUUGUGUCGUCGAUACCCUGGAUUUUUGCGAGUUUGUUUAUCUGACCCUCAUCCAGAGCGCAGGUUUUUCAGACGUUGCUGGGUGACAUUUGACCGAAGCACCAACAUCAAAGAGGUUUGCUGGAACCUUCAAAACAUUCGACUACGAGACUGUGAACUGGCACCGGGGGUGAACAGAGACCUGGCUCGCCGGGUGCGUAACGUUAAUGGUAUCACUCAGCACAAGCAGGUGCUCCGCAACGACAUCAAGCUGGCUGCCAAGCUCAUUCAUGCCCUGGAUGAAAAAGGCGACCUGUGGAGCAUCAAGUCGCAGGAAGAUGGGCAGAACACCGAGUUGCCGGCUCAGAACCCCAUCCUGAAGAAUAUCACGGAUUACCUGAUUGAGGAGGUGAGUGCAGAGGAGGAGGAGCUGCUUGGCUCUGGGAGUGGAAUAGACCCCGAGGAGAGCGUCAAGGAGGGACACCCCACUGAGACGACAGUGGAGAGGGAUGACAAACUAGCCAAGGUUUUGGACCGUCUGGUCUUGUACCUGCGUAUCGUGCACUCCAUUGACUACUACAACACUUGCGAAUAUCCAAGUGAGGAUGAAAUGCCCAACCGCUGUGGCAUGAUCCACGUGCGUGGACCCAUUCCUCCGAACCGCAUCACACACGGAGAAGUUCAGCAAUGGCAGAAGAUGAUGGAGGAGAAGUUGUUGCCUUUGUUUAGUUUAAAGGAAGUCCUUUCUGAGGACGAGGCGGGGAAGAUGGGCCGCAAGGAUCCAGAAGAGGAGGUUGAGAAGUUUGUGUCCGCCAACACUCAAGAGCUGGGAAAGGACAAAUGGCUCUGCCCUUUGAGCGGCAAGAAAUUUAAGGGACCAGAAUUCGUUCGAAAGCACAUCCUGAACAAACAUGGCGACAAGAUUGAAGAGGUGAAAAAGGAGGUGGCGUUUUUUAACAAUUUCCUCAUGGAUGCGAAGAGACCGUCACUGCCAGAGAUGAAAAUCCCUCCACUCACUGGACCCGGUCAAGGUUUGCUUUCUCCUACCAUGCCUUUUCCCCCUCAAGUUCCCCAGGGUCCAAUGGGCUUUGGCCAACCACGCCCUCCACUGAUGGGCUACGGUGCUGGGCCUUCUUAUCCCCCCAACCAAUACGGAGGAGGCCGAGGAAACUACGACAGCUUCCGGGGACAAGGUGGCUAUCUGGGAAAGCCACGCAACAUCAGGUGAGACCACUAAUGUCACGAGGGGAUCCACGCAACAUCAUUGAAUAUCGCGACUUGGAUGCUCCGGAUGAUAUGGACUUCUUUUAGCUUCACUUCAUCCUUAUUCUCUCGACCAGUAUUGUGUUUCACUUGCUUUUUCUGAGUAGCUAUAUUGUUUCUUCUCAUCAAGUAUUGGGAUUUGUUGUAAUCGUUGUGAAACUAGGACAAAAUUUGCGUACUGCUGUAAACUGGGUCCUCAAAGUUGUAAUGAAAUUACAUUGAUGUAAUAAAUGAACUAUUCAAUUAA